AUGAAGGGACGUAUUCCAAGAAUUCAAGGUUUUGACAUCGAAGUAAUAUCCAGGAUAGCUUUUGGAAGCGACUACUUGGAAGGGCAAGCAUAUAUUCGAUAUGCAAAUGCGAACAAUGUGAUCGGCACUUGGAACCCUUUUGCCGAGCGAAAGAUUGGAAACUACAAGGGAACAACUAGACACUUUGAACCGACAUCAAACCCGAAUGGAACCUCGGUGCUUGCUUUCACAAAAGAUCAGCUUCGGCGUUGCUUGGUGAGUGAUAAGGAAUCUGCAAUUGAUGAGAUUAUUGGUUAG